GCCCUGCCUCUCCUCUCCUCUUCUGUCUGUCUCCUCUCGGCUCUCUGCUGCAUCGGACACCGGGGAGGCUGCUGCCGCCACUGCCGCCACUGCCGCCACUAUACAACCCCAUACCUCGCUCCAACGUCCGGCUCCAAGUCUCACGUCCAUCAACGUUUCCCGGGAUCUGCUUUUUUAGUCGAACCGCAACCGGGGCUGACCUCAACAGGCUGCAGUAAUCCUCUCCAUCCGCCGACAUGUCUGGAUAUCAGGGCAAGAAGAACAUACCCCGCAUUACCAGCGAUCGUCUUCUGAUCAAAGGGGCCAAGAUUGUGAAUGAUGACCAGUCGUUCUGUGCUGAUAUUUACAUGGAAGAUGGAGUCAUCAAACAAAUUGGAGAAAACCUGAUAGUACCCGGCGGGGUGAAGACCAUCGAUGCUCACGGGCGUAUGCUGAUGCCCGGAGGCAUCGACGUGCAUACCCGCUUCCAGAUGCCAGACCGGGGCAUGACUUCUGCUGACGACUUCUACCAGGGAACCAAGGCCGCACUGGCAGGAGGCACCACCAUGAUCAUUGACCACGUGGUUCCAGAGCCUGGGGCCUCUCUGCUGUCGGCCUUUGAGCAGUGGAGGGAGUGGGCGGACAGUAAGUCGUGCUGUGACUACUCUCUGCACAUGGACAUCACCGAGUGGCAUCGGGGCCUGCAGGAUGAGAUGGAGAGUCUGGUCAAGGAUCAUGGUGUGAACUCAUUCCUGGUGUAUCUGGUUUACAAGGACCUCUUUCAGCUCUCAGACUCUCAGGUCUACGAGGUGUUCAGUGUAAUCCGGGACCUGGGGGCUGUAGCACAGGUUCAUGCAGAAAACGGGGACAUAGUAGCAGAGGAGCAGCGUAAGAUCCUCUCCCAGGGCAUCACUGGACCAGAGGGGCACGUGCUGAGUCGCCCUGAGGAGGUGGAGGCAGAGGCUGUAAACCGCUCUGUGACCGUGGCCAAUCAGACCAACUGUCCUCUGUACGUGACCAAAGUGAUGAGCAAGAGCGCCGCCGAUGUCAUCGCUCAGGCCCGCAAGAAAGGUACUGUGGUGUAUGGAGAGCCCAUCACUGCCAGCCUGGGCACGGACGGCUCUCACUACUGGAGCAAGAACUGGGCCAAAGCUGCUGCCUUCGUCACCUCUCCGCCCCUGAGCCCCGACCCCACCACGCCCGACUAUCUCAACUCCCUGCUCUCCUGUGGAGACCUGCAGGUGACCGGGAGCGCUCACUGUCCCUUUGACACUGCCCAGCGCGCCGUGGGCAAAGACGACUUUACCCUCAUCCCAGAAGGAGUCAACGGCACCGAGGAGAGGAUGUCCAUCAUCUGGGACAAGUGUGUGGUGACGGGUAAAAUGGAUGAGAAUCAGUUUGUGGCUGUGACAAGUACCAACGCUGCCAAGAUCUUUAACCUGUACCCCCGAAAAGGACGUAUCGCUGUGGGCUCCGACGCAGACCUGGUGCUGUGGGACCCCGACGUCACCAAGAUCAUCUCUGCGAAGAGCCACAACUCGACGGUGGAGUACAACAUCUUUGAGGGUACAGAGGUGCGUGGGGGCCCCCUGGUGGUCAUCAGUCAGGGUAAGAUCGUCCUGGAGGAGGGGACUCUGCACGUGACGGAGGGCUGUGGCCGCUAUAUCCCCCGCAAACCCUUCCCCGACUACGUUUACAAGAGGAUCAAGGCUCGCAGCAGGCUAGCUGAGCUGAGGGGCGUACCCAGAGGACUAUACGACGGCCCAGUGUGUGAUGUCACCGUGACUCCAAAGGUCAUGACCCCUGUGUCCUCCACCAAGACGUCGCCCGCCAAACAACCCAACCAGCCGGUGCGCAACCUGCACCAGUCCGGCUUCAGCCUGUCUGGGGCCCAGAUCGACGACAACAUCCCACGCCGCAACACGUCUCGCAUUGUGGCACCACCAGGGGGCAGGGCUAACAUCACCACCCUGGGUUAGACUGCUCACUCAGCGCUGAGGAGGGAACAGCGCUCUCAAGAUGGCCGACAAGAGCUUAGAAUCCCAACACUAACCUCUGGAGGGGUCAGAACCCGUCCUCUGUGCAGACCUGUCCAUCCUUCGGUCCGCCUCCUAAACUCCAGUGCCAUCUCUACAUGUUCCCAUUCUCUGCAGCCCAACUUCCGUCUGAAAGGACACAGUUCAACACAAAAGAAACAAGCGUCGGCCUCGUGAUGACAAAACAGAAAACUCUUAUUUGAGCACUUUUGACUUUGUUUUUUAUACACUUUCCAUGUAUGAGUUGAAAUGUGUUGUUCUGACAGCAGGAUCAGAAUGUUAACAAACGGCAUCCAUUUUUUAUUAUUUUGGGAGUAGCAUUUGUACAUAAAGAGCAACUUUCAAUUACCGAAGGUUAAGCUUUUUUCUUUUAUUUAACGAAAACUGUACCUCCUUUGUACUUUAUUUAAUUGAGCUACAGAUUCUUUUCAUUUCCCGGAGUCUUACUUUGUAACAAACACGGCAAACUUCCAUUAUCUUAGUGAUACAGAAUUUAAAAAAAAUAAAAAAACAUAAAAAAAAACAUUUGACCCAUUACCAUCAGAAUUAUUUUAAGUGGAAUUUCUAAAAUCCAUGGAAGCAAGAACAGGAUGAAUUGUAGAAAAGGGAAGUUUGAAAUAAGAAAAUAACAUGUUUUAAAUGAUUUUAAAUUGUGUUGUCUGCAGAGCUCAGGUUAGCUGUCUCGAUAAAUAAAAAGAGUAAUCCUUCUUUUAGUAAGACUGAUGACACGUGUGAAUCUUAAUUUGUUGUUUUGAUGUCUUGAUGCAUUGACCAACAGUUAACACGUUUAAUUUCUGAUUUCCAGCUUGUGCCUCAUCCAGCUGGUUCAAUAAAGGCAUAGGUAUAAACAGGUAUAAACGAACAGAACUUCUGGCCUUACUCCACACUCACCUCUGCUCAGUUUGGUAAGAGCCAAACUCAUUUACGCUUGUACAUUUUUAUUAACAUCCAGAAUGUUUCUACUCAUGGCAAUCCUUUUUUCCUUUCUGCUCUUUACGUGCCUGAACCUGUACAAGUUACUUAGCUAGUUUGUUGUUUCUAAUUACUGAAGCAAAGUGAAGGAUGUAUUAUAUAAAGGUUGUGAAAUAGCCAGGAUUAACCGAUUCAAAGGUGCCAGAUUUUGCGUUUGAACAGGCUCUGUGGUUAGAGCCGUGGUAUAUUGAAGUGUGUACUUUUUACCUUGUUGUUGACCUGCUUCAGUGUGUAUCUAGGAGCCUAGAAGGGCUGAGCACUAUUCAUUGUUUCGCUUUAAAGUACUGUAGACCGGAGCUGAUGUGUCGCUGGUAGUGGGCAGUGUGGUUGUUGUGUGAGCUAUGGGAUGUGGAUAUAGGACCUUUUUUUUUUUUUUUUAAGGUAGAAAUUGAAAACAUCUCAAAAUAAAAAAAAAAAUCCACAUUUUCCAGAUCCUUAGUGGAAGUGCAUGCCAGAGGAUUGUAAAUCUACGUAGACUGAUGUAGAGUUUGCAUACACAUAAAUGUACCCCUGAACUUGCUGUGAGGCAGAUGUGCCACCAAUUUUACAAAUUGCACAAAGUAUACUAGUUUUUGGCUAACUGUAUGUAACUAGUCAUAUAUAAUAGACUACGCUCUCAGCCCUAGGCUCUUCUAGUACAAAAAGUACAAACAAAUGCAGCAGAAAGUCACAAGCUUCUGGAAUAUUUCAUCUGUGUCAUAGCACAAACAGGUGGCAUCAGAAAAUGUACUCAUUGGCUGUAUUUAA